GGCGCAGGUUUGAGUCUGGAUCCUCGUUUUGAGUUCGUGGGAUAUUGAUAUUAAAUGAAGAAAAGAUAUAAAGACGAGGAUCUUGAAGUAUGGGGAACUCGUUUUAUCAUCAAUCUUCAUCUCGUUAUCCUUCAAUCUCUUCAUCUAUCAAUCAUUGCUUAAUUUCUUGUGUAUACUGAAUCACUUGUUGCCGGUCGACUUCAUCAAAUCAUCACCAUCAUUAAAUAGUCUUCUGCAUUUUUCAUCGCUCAAUACCUAAAUAAACAUACCCACCAGCAAUCAUGCAGUUCACAAUUGUCACUAUUCUCUCUUUCGUCGCCAUUGCGAUUGCCACACCUGUUCAACUCGCAUCACGCGCAGUGGAUGCAUCGACUGCCUCAAUGAGUGACGCCCAGGGAAAUGUCGUUAGCUUCGACUCUGCUGGUGUCAACCAAGCCGCCAAGAACUCUGGCAUGUAAAUCAACUUCUUUUCUGGAUGCCACAGCUUUCAUCCUCAUAUGGAAGAACGGAGUUUGAAUUCAGGAACCAUCGGAGGCGAUUAGUAAUGAAGCGGACAUGGUCGAGAGAUCGUGGUGUGUUGUUUACUUAUUGUCAGCAUGGCCUUGGGAAAAAGUGUACGGCGUAGAUGUUAUUUCAUUAGUGUUGCCUUUGACGGUGGUUGUCCAUUGAAUUGGGUUGGAUUGGUGUCGUCGGAGUAGGAUAGGAUGGGAGUAGAUCAUACUGAUGAUCAAAUUUGCACUGUAGCACCGUCUUUCCAAUUGCAUACCAUUAUCCGCAACUGCUUUUGUAAUUUAGCACCACA